AUGCCCGCCGACUACACCUCCACAGCUCGCGCCCUCGCCCUCCCCAUCUCCCCCAGAGUAUCUCAAUCUCCAGACCGACUCUCCCAAUCAACACGCCCGCCCUGGUCCCGCCGCCUCUCCACGAACCCUUCUCGCCACCUCAACUCCUCGCCCUACGCCCUCCCCGUGCGCACCGAAUCAUACAAGACGCAAUUCCUGCGCUCGGCGAACAACAUUCAGCGCAAGGUCGUCAAGACAUUCUUUUCCUUCUCUAUCAGCCAGCGAAUAGCUGCCAUCACGGCCAUCGUGGUCUUCAUCGUCUUCCUUAUCCUCUUCCUCGUCUAUAACGAGCGCGUAUUCGGGUACCUCGCGCCCGCAGCGAAGAAGUGGCACGAUGUCCGUGGAGGCUGGACGAUCCUGUGGCUAUUGACGUGCGUGCUGUCCUUUCCGCCGCUGAUAGGGUACAGCACGACUAUCACCAUAUCCGGCUUCGUAUACGGGUUCCCCAAUGGAUGGUAUAUCGUAGCCUCCGCCACGAUAGUAGGAUCGACCGCGUCGUUCCUAGCCAGCAGGACCAUACUAUCGAAAUACGUACACCGGCUCGUAGGGCAGGAUAAGCGUUUCGAAGCCUUAGCUUUGACGCUGAAGCAUGACGGCAUCAAGAUCCUGUGCAUGAUCCGCUUGUGUCCCUUGCCGUACAGCUUGUCCAACGCAGCCAUUUCCACCUUCCCAACGGUGCACCCGCUGUCCUUCGCACUAGCCACAGCACUGACAAGCCCGAAGCUGCUGAUCCAUGUGUUCAUCGGGAGCAGACUGGCGAGCAUUGCUGAAAGCGGCGGCAAGAUGGACGGCAAAACGAAGGCCAUCAAUUACGCGAGCAUAUUGUUCGGGGCAGCCAUGGGUGCCAGCGUUGGGUGGCUCAUCUACCAGCGGACGAUAUCGAGAGCGAGGGAGUUGGAAAUAGAGGCCCUGGAGGCUGGGACAGGGGAAAGUGCCGUGCUGGCUGUGGAAGGGAGGGGAUAUAGCGACGAUGGCGUGAAUGUGACUGACGCAGUAGCUUUGAUGGGAGAUGAUGAUAUUUCAUUAUGGGAAAACGAUGGCAGCAGGGAUGCGACAUAUCAUGACGAGUUCACAGACGAUGAGGAUGUAUUUGCCAGUGGGGACAUUGAAGAGGAUCCCAGAAAGCCAGAUCCGCCUCAUGAAUAG